AUGUCCCGCAUAGACGACCUCUUGAACAUGGCAGAUGCCAUCACCAGCCGCUCAGAGUCCAUUGCCAGCUCUAUGGACGAGUCCAACUCGCUUAUUCUGCGGAUCUUGCAGUUGAACUCUAGAAUCACCUCGGCAGACGCUGAAAUCGACUACAUGACCGAGCUCUUGAACAAGAACAACGUUUGCAUCAACGAGUUCGAAAAGCUCCACGAAAAAUCGUACUUUUUGGACUCGAAUCUCCACUUGAACGAGAGCUUCACUAACGAGACCACCUUUCUUAACUUGACCAAAGAGUACAACUACAUGCUCGACACGUUUCGUCAUCAUAACGAGCGGCUCUCCACAACGGUUGAAGAAAAUCAUCAGGUAGUUGAACCCCAGCAAAAAAAGGAGCUCCAGGCGAUGCUCUCGAUCUCCAACCUCAACUUACGCCCUCUCCGCUGUAAGGAUCGCAAAGUGGAGAAGAAGAAAUCCCGUUAUAGACUUUCAUCAGCAUAUACUUUGAAUCCUGUUUUGGAACACGAACCAGAGACCCAUCGGAACGUAUCCAAACUGUCAGCAGGUACUUACGAUCACCAGGACUCGAUCAUGGACUCGCACCACCGGUCUACAGAUGUGUCUUCUGCAAUGGAGCCCAACGACUUUGACGAUCAUAAAGACACUUCUGCAUUAUCAUACAGCCCGACUUUCAAGGCGUUGAACCCAAUCGACAUGAGCAACCUCGACCUUGACAUCGAAAACGUUUCCCUUUGCUCGGGGAUCUCUGACCUGCCAGAGACAAAGAGAUUUGAGCUAGAGAACUUCCACGACUUCUUGCGGCCAUCCAGAGUUGAUCUUCGUUCGGCGUUCCCCACGUCUCCACUUCAGAAGUCUAAAUCUCACGACCUGAUUUUUGAGAGUAAAGACGAUUCCAAACCCUCCUGCAAGUUCCACAACCCGGCUGACACAAUCAUCAAUAAGGGAAACGUUGGCAAACCUACUGUGGAGGCGAUUUUCACCAGCACCGUGGAGGGUAAGCCACAAAACUUGCUCACCAAGUCAUUCAAGGAUCACUCCACCAGUAUAUUGCAUCAACUGAAAGCAGCAGAUGGCUCUCCCGUGAAGAAAAAACAGCCGACAACACCAAAGAAGAGUAACAUUACCAUAUUCAAUUUACUCAACCUGCCCUUGGGCUCCCCAAGAGGAUUUGAGCAGCCACGGCAAGGAGCACCUCCUCGAAGAGGAAGCAUUGAUCAGUUGGGCAAGACUUUAACGUCAAGCUUCCUUCACUUAAUGUAUGGCAAUGCCUCGCCUUUGCCAGCUUCGAGUAUUAAAGCUGUAAAUCAUGAGUCGCCUCCUGAUGGGAUCAAGAAGCUUCGCAAAGGUCUACGUGAUCCCAUCAGCAUACCAAACGAAAUCAAAUCUCGAAGGCUCCCACCGAGCUCCAUGGACAAGGAGUUCAGAAGUGGGAGUCACUCAUCAUUGACGAUUGGAAACAAAACCGCUAGAAUUGAAGGCUUGCCUAAGAAACUGGUACGAAACAGUAGGAGCCAGCUGCUGUUCAAACAAGUUUUGAGUGAAAGUCUUUUAUUCUAA